AUGAGUUCUCCGUCGUUAAAAGAUCUGCCAAAGGUAGCAUUCGACCUUAAAAAUCAACUCGAGGGGUUCAAUCCCGACAAUAUGAAAAAGGCUGAUACUAAUGAAAAAAUCAUUCUUCCUACUGCUGAAGACGUAGCUGCAGAAAAAACCCAAAAAGCCAUCACUGAAGCACUUAUUGAAGGUGUUGGUGGGUUCGAUACUAACAAACUGAAACACACCGAGACUCAAGAAAAAAAUCCACUCCCUGAUAAGACUGUGAUCGAAGCCGAAAAGGAACAACAACAAUUAAUUGCCGGUAUUGAGAACUUUGACACCGCAAAGUUGAAACCCACAGUAACUGAAGAAAAAAACCCAUUGCCCACUAAAGAAGUCAUAGCUGAAGAGAAAAAAGCCUAA